AUGGAUCCGACCAGGCGCUAUACAUUAGCCGUGGGCAUUCCAAUUCUGUCAUCUUUCUCGAUCCUCCUCGGAAUACCGCCAUUGCUUCUACAUGCAAAGAAUCGCAAUUUCCCUGCAACAAGUCUGGUAUCCUGGUCAAUUCUCCUCAACCUGUUCAACAUAAUCAAUGCCUUGACUUGGCCAAAUGACGAUGUGGAUUCCUGGUGGGAUGGUGCCGGUCUUUGCGAUAUCGAAAUCAAGCUCAUGGUUGCCGGCUAUGUCGGCGUCCCAGGAGCCCUAAUGUGCAUUUUUCGUUCUCUCGCAAACGUGCUAGACACUGAUCGAGCGGCUUUGGUCCCAAGCAGGAGUCAACGCUGGCGCAGUCAAUUCAUGAACCUCUUGUUCUGCGUGGUAGUCCCAGUCAUUGCCAUGAUCACCCACAUCGUCUGGCAGAAGAGCCGAUACCUACUAUACUCCAUUUCAGGAUGUGUAAACAACUUUGAUGAGAGCUGGGUCAGUCUCGUAUUGGCAUUUAUAUGGCCACCGGUUAUCUGCCUGGCAGCAGCCUACUACUGUUGCCUGGUUCUUUUCCGCAUCCAUAAAUAUCGAAGCGACUUUGCAAACAUUAUCCGUGCCUCCAGCAGUAACCUCAGCAAAUCACGCUUCCUCCGCCUCUUCUUCCUAGCCCUCUCCAUGCUAGUCGCCAUCCUCCCCCUGCAAGCCUAUAUAGUCUACGCAGACAUUCGCCUCUCAUUACCAUGGCACCCCUUCUCCUGGAGCAAGCUUCACAACGGAAACUGGUCCACAAUCUACAGAGUCCCCACCCACGGCGUCGUCUUCUUCGACCGCUGGACCCCCAUUGCAUCAGGCUUCAUGAUUUUCAUCUUCUUCGGCUUCGGCCGCGACGCAACCCGCAUGUAUCGCACCGCCUGCUGGUAUGUUGGACUGGGCUACUGUUUCCCCAGCAUUACCGCGCCAGCAGACUCAAACGACACCCCCAUGCAACCCCAUCCCCACGGCCACAUCUCUACAUCGGCAACCCUAGUCGAGACAAUCAGCUUCAAGGCAAAGUCGUUCUUCUCCAGACCGAGGAGCAUGUACAUGCAACAGCAAGACCAACAGCGCCCAAUCUCGCACCGACAGCAUAUGGGUACAUUCACUUCAACACGCGCUACAUACAAUGAUCUCGAAAAGGGCACCGCUCGACCAUCUCAUCUGACAUCUUCCCCGAGUACACGCAAUCUCCAUGAACCAGCCAAGAAGACUAUCUGGGAUAGAUUCCCCUUGUCUCUAUUCCGCCGUCAAUCUGCGCGUCACGAAUCCGAUGCGACAUUGCUGGAUGACCUCUCCGUUCCUUCGCACUCGCGCACCAUCUCAUCAAAUGCUUGGGCUGGAAGUACGCGUGAUAGUCGGGAUUACUCGGUUGGUCCUUCGCCUGCUUCUUCAUCGCCCCCUCAGCAGACUUUCAUUCAUGUAAAGCAGGUUAUCAGCCAGCAGAGUGAGAUUCAAGUUUGA